CAACACUUCUUUACUUUUCUUUUCUUUUUUCCACAAAUCAUAUAUAUAUACAUACUGAACCUUCCGAUAAUUAUCUCUCUCUCUCUCUAAAAUAACGAAAAAGAAAAUGAGUGCACCAGUAAAAGCCAUGGAGUUUCCCAUGGUGCUACUAAGAUUAGCAGACUGGUUCUUUUACCACUUGUUAGCUAACUCAUUCUACACAGCUGCUAUGAAGCUCAAAAACAAUGGCUUCUUCUUCCUCAAAACCCCAUCCACCAUCAAAUCAACUUCAUCACACGUUUUCCCUCUCUACCCUAACGUCACCAAAUGCAAUCUUCAUGGCAGAAAAUCUCAGACGGUGGUGUGUGACAUCCAUGGCUGCUUGCUCAGAUCUGAUCACUCUUUCUUCCCUUACUUCAUGCUCGUCGCUUUCGAAGGCGGCAGCAUUUUCAGAGCCUUCUUUCUGCUUCUAUCGUGGCCGAUCCUGUUUGUUUUGGAUUACGACCUCAAAAUGAGGGUUAUGAUUUUCAUUACAUUUUGUGGGCUUAGGAAAAAGGAUAUGGACAAUGUCUCCAGAGCUGUUCUUCCCAAAUUCUACCUCGAAAACAUCAACCUGCAUGCGUACGAGGUUCUGGAAUCAGCUGGAUCUAAGGUUGUGUUCACAACUGUGCCGAGGGUUAUGGUGGAAGGAUUCUUGAAAGAGUAUCUCCGCGUUGACUCAGUUUUGGGAACUGAGUUGCACACCAACGGCAAAUACUUCACCGGGUUGCUGUCAUCUUCGGGUCUGCUUGUGAAACACAGAGCUUUGAAGGAAUACUUUGGUGAAAGGAGGCCUGAUAUUGGCCUUGGUACCUCAAGCAGCAUCCAUGACCAUCUGUUUAUCUCUCUCUGCAAGGAAGCAUAUGUUGUGGUGAACAGAUCAGAAGAAAACAAAUCAACAACAAUAAUGCCAAGAGAGAGAUACCCAAAGGCGCUCGUAUUCCACGACGGAAGACUAGCUUUCCUACCAACACCCGCCGCCACACUCUCAAUGUUCAUGUGGCUACCCAUCGGAAUAUUCCUAGCGCUCUUCCGAUUAUUCGUCGGAAUAUUCUUACCCUACAAUCUCUCAAUCCUGUUAGGGGUGGGCAGUGGGGUCAACAUCAGGGUCAAAGGCACCGCACCGAAGAAAUCACUAAACGGGAAAGGAGUACUCUACGUGUGCACCCACCGUACGCUCCUGGACCCGGUUUUCCUAAGCACGUCACUCAAGAAGCCGUUGACAGCUGUCACCUACAGCCUGAGCAAGAUGUCUGAAAUAAUGGCGCCCAUAAGAACCGUGAGGCUGAGCCGUGAUCGUAGACGCGACGGAGAAACGAUGCAGAGGCUGCUGAGCGAGGGGGAUUUGGUUGUCUGUCCUGAGGGGACAACUUGCAGGGAGCCUUACUUGUUGAGAUUCAGCUCUCUGUUUGCUGAGCUGGCAGAUGAAAUUGUGCCGGUGGCGAUGAAUACGAAUGUGACAAUGUUCUACGGGACGACGGCGAGUGGGUUGAAGUGCUUGGACCCGGUUUUCUUCUUGAUGAACCCCAGACCGAGUUACAGUGUGCAUAUACUAGGGAAGGUGCCGAGAGAGAUGACGUGUGCAGGUGGUAAAACUGGGCAUGAGGUGGCUAAUUACUUGCAGAGACAACUGGCUGCUGCUUUGGGAUUUCAGUGCACUUCUCUUACCAGAAGGGAUAAGUACUUGAUGCUCGCUGGGAAUGAGGGUGUCGUAAACGACGACAGAUCAUAAUCAAUUAUAUUAUUAUUCAUACCCUAGCUCUUUUUUUUAUUAAUUUAUUUUGUGUAUACAUGAACAACACUAGCCUCGAUCCAUAUCUCUCAUAUAUAAUUAAUAUGCUGCUGAAUUUCAUUUUAUGCUCAUCUUUAUCUUCCAGAGUAAUUAUUAUUGUUUCUGUGAAAUAUAUUACUACUUACUAUUUAUAUAUCACAUUUUAUUUAUUGGGUUCACAUUUAUUUUUCAGUGUGAACUUGCUUGGUUGGUUUGUAUCUGAUGGGAAUCAGGAUAUAUAUGACUUCUUGGAUCAUACUACUCCGUAUUAUUUUUUGUAUUUGAUAAUAAACGGG